GCGUGGAGUUGAGCCUGAGGGCAGUGGUGGUUGCUGUUUAAGUUGUUCGCUGUGAUACUGCUGCAGUCGUACCUUGUGCAAUUCACUUGUUAUUCAGUGCAGCGAACCUGGAGGCUGUGGACCAUGUGUUGUAGCCCGGGACGAAGCUGACACACCGAGUGUUUAUUUUCAGCCGUCUCCUUCAUUAUAUUACACACACUUCAGGACUCUAAACUGCUCAGUGUAAAGUUAAGUUGCCGAGCCAAAGUUUGCAUUUGCACAGGGCGUCUUUUUACCGUGAAUUUUUCUCAACUCCUGGCGGAUUUCUCUCAAGUCUUUCACGCAUGUGCGUUUGAGAGGCCGCUGCCGGAAAAAUUCCUGCAAUUCCUGCAGCUCGUGAGCGAGAGGCAUCGGGUUAGGAGUGGAUCAGGUCGCUCCUGCUGCUUGUUGGUUUGUUUGUUAACCCACUGCAGCACUAGCAGAACAUUACAUAAUGUUUGACCAAGUGGUCUGAAUUCUUUCCGUCGUUUCUUCUAACUUUAUAUAAUUGCUGUUCCAAAAUGAACAGGAGUUGUGCAUUUUUUUUUAUUGAAAAAAAAAAAAAAAAAUGGUGGUGAACAUGGGAAAUUCCUCCCUAAUUUCUGGUAAGAGCAGAUCAUAAUGUCAGCUGUAGUGUCUGAAGGCUGUGUGUGACUGUGCUUCCUGCAGCAGCCGUUCUCAGCGCGGUAAAAGAGGAUGUGUCACGCGAUCAGCUGACACACAGACACUGCUCGAGGCGUAACCAGUAACUAAUGAAUAUUCUUUCUUCUGCAAAAUGAGAAGGGAGAGUUGUCGCAGUGUAGUGCAGCGUAAGCACCUCUUACUUCGCAGAAUCACGCGGUCAGAAGAAACGGACGUAAACCCACAGUUCAUCCCAAUGUGUUAAUCAUUCAGAAACAUGGCAUUCGCACUGUGAUGCAGUGUGAAAUUAGAGAAUGACAAUUUUUCGCUGUUUUAAUGUGGCAAAGUGAGUAUUUGAUCAUUCUGGAAAACCAAAUGAAUGUUUUGUGUGACCUCUGUUAUUUUAGGUAAAGCAGGUAAAUAUUGAUAAUGAACAGGUAAAUGAUUGAGUGCGGUGGAGUCCACCUCUCACCUAUAUCUUGUUGACAAACGAAGGCAGACUAGUUGAGGAGCGAGGCCACGCAUAAAUGACACAACCGGAGAAUUUAUUGGCUCGUGGGAAGUUAAUCAUUGCACCUUUCACCAACCGCAGCGAUCUGAAACCUGUCGCGCUUCCUGAGGAGCUGCAUACUUGUUAUUCUCGGCGCUUUCUCGAUGACCUGCCCUCCUCGCUCUGCCUUUUCUCCGCUUCCACUUUCGCACUUGCGCGCAGCCGUCUAGACAUGACGAACCCCAAGACCGAGCCGGAGAGCGGCGGGGAUGAGGGCGAGGGCCCGGAUGGAGGCUGGGGCUGGGUGCUGGUCGUGGCCAUGUUCGUCAGCACCAGCCUCGUGUUCGGCCUGAUGCGGAGCUUGGGGAUCUUCUUCGUGGAGUUCGUCCAGUACUUCGAGGAGAGCGCCCAGGCCAUCUCCUGGAUCUCGUCCACCGGCAUAGCAGCACAGCAGUUCUUCAGUCCACUGGGUGCUGCGCUGUGUAACGCUUACAAUGCCAGGGUGGUGGUGAUGACGGGCGGCCUUUUCGCCGGACUCGGCCUCAUACUUGCCUCUCAGGCCACCUGUCUGGUCCACCUCUACCUCACGAUGGGUGUGAUCUCAGGUUUUGGUUGGGGGCUGGUCUUCACUCCCAUGGUGGCGACAGUCAUGGCCAACUUCACCCGGCGGCGCACCCUCGCUUUGGGCGUGGGCUUCUCCAGCAUCGGCCUCUCUUCCUUCGCCUUCAACCCGCUCUUCCAGCUCCUGGUGGAGAUGUACGCCUGGCGGGGGGCCUUGCUGAUCAUAGGGGGCCUCAGCCUCAACAUCGUGGCCUGCGGGGCGCUCAUCCGCCCACGGCGGUGCGCCAAAGCCCCACAGAAGGUGGAUUCAGACGACGGGUUGUCCUGUGUUACUGUGCUGAGGAGAAUCUCCUCCUACCUGGAGCUGUCCCUGCUCUGCGAGAGGUCUUACCUCACCUACACCUUGGCCGUCUCCCUUUUUAACGUGGGCUACUUCGUGCCAUAUUUCCACCUGGUGGCGCACAGCCGCCAGGUCGGCUUCUCGGAGUACCAGUCCGCUUUCGUCAUGUCGGCCGCGGGCGCCACGGACAUCCUGGGCCGCGUGGCGUCGGGCUGGUUCGCCGACCUGGGCCGCUUCCGGCUGAUCCACUUGCUGAGCUUGUGGACGGCCCUGGCGGGGCUGUUCAUCAUGCUGCUGCCCGUGAGCACCCUGUCCGGCUCCUACCCGGCCCUCGUGAUCAUCAGCCUCCUCUACGGCUUCUGCUCCGGGGCGCUGACCUCUCUGGUGUUCGCGGUGGUGCCCAUGAUCGUGGGCGUGGAGCGCGUGAUGGGGGGGCUCGGCCUGCUGCAGCUCCUGGAGAGCGGCGCGGGGCUGCUGGGGACGCCCCUGUCAGGGUUACUGAAGGACAUCACAGGAGACUACACCGCCUCCUUCGUGGUAGCCGGCUCCUUCGUGGUCCUCGGCACCUUGACCAUGGCCACUCUGCCUCACUAUUUCUCCUGCACAGAGCCGCCGCCCCCACAGAGACGCUCCCUUCCCGACAAAGCCAACAGUUUAACCCUGAGGCCGGAGCAGAUGAACUGUUCGUCCCCCGACGCGGAUCUCAAAGGAGUGAUCUGACACGCGAAAAGCAAUCAGACUCAAUGAACCUCACGCCUGCGUCCGUUACGGGGUCAAAGAGGAGCGUCGACGACGCUCUUUGGGAACGACGGCGCCUUUGAUGGAACCGCGGUCGCGCUGCAGCGCAUGUCGACAAAUGGACGUGUCUUUGAAUUAUACCUCAGAGGCUGAGAAGCUUCCUGUGAAAGCUGUAGCAGCAGAAAGGUCAGUCUAACGUUAGGAGCAAGGUGCUUCCCGCCUUAAAACUCACAUAUUUAAGUGUUUUAUUUACAAUUCUCGUGUGUGACGUCAUCAAACUAAAAACAUAUUUAUUACUGAAAUUGAUUUUCUGUUGUUUUUAUGUGUAUGCGAAACACAGUCUGCAUAUUUUAAUUAUGUACAUGAUUUAUUCUUAAUUAUGCACUUGAUGAUUACAUGUGGCACCAACUGUGAUUAGCACUAUAGACACCAGCCAUCACAUCACCGUGUUUUUAUAUCACUUAUACCUAGUAACUUGAACUGCACUUAGCAAAAUUAUAUUUCACAGAUCCAGUAAAAGUCAGCGAUACAUGGUGCAGGGUAAUAAACCCGGUAGUUUCAAUCGAAAAUUAAAGCGAUCAGUUAAGACUACGCACCAUGAAUAGGUAAUAAAAACUUUAUUUUGAUUUAGGGCUCCUCUAUACUCAGGUUAUAAACCACGACUCCACUUUUAUCAUCCACGUUUUGGAAAAUUUCUAGCCUAACUUCCUUCACGAUUUCUCGUAACUGUGCUGACUUCUCUUUAUACCAUCGUGUGCCUUAUGCAUCCAAAUAUAGCACACGGAUAAAAAUCUGACACAAUGCACAUUGCUGCAAAAACAGGUUUCUAUUUAGAGCUCCUGGCGUCGACGCUCGGCCUCAGGUGGCGCGUCUCUUUCCUCCGGUGGUUUAUGUUUCUCCGCGGGAACACAUGACUGUACAUUUUUUCCAGAUAAGUUAAUUUUUUUGCACUUUGUACUUUUGUGAACCAUAAGCCCAGACUGGUUUUCUGGCUUCGGGAGCAGCUGGAUAAACACUGUGUUUGCACAACGGGGUCAUUUUGACCUGCUAGUUACUGACACACUAACUUUAGUGCUGUUGCAAUGCAAGAGGCAGUCGGUCAAUAGUUAACGGUGGAACUAAAGUACUUGUUGAAACGAGGGGAAAAAAGAAAUCUUAAUUAGAAACCUGCUUUUGCUAAUCAAAUAUCCGACUCAGUCUACCUGUGAUCUGUCAGUGACAUGUUAAAAUCACAUAUUUCCACUCGGCCUUGAUUAAAAACAGAUUUGUUUCCAUGUGUUUUCUCGUGUAGUGGUUCUGUUUCAGUCUUUGCCAGACCAUGAUUUAGGUUUUCUGGACUCCGUCACAAGAUGAUGGCGCCCUCUGCUGAGGUUUUGACAUGAAAACAAUCAGCUCCUUGAAAACAUUGAUCUUUAAUCAUUUCCUCUCUCCAGGUAUUCACUUUCAUCUGCAACACUUAAAUACAGCUGAACAGAAGUUUGUAUUGUGUUUUAUUUGAUCUUGAUACAAAUUUAAAGUACCUCACAGAGUUUAGAAGAAACAGACACGGAGAUCCGCCUAAAAAUGUAAAAAUCUGCAAACGUCGCGACGUGAUGGAAGACGGCUGAAAUAAAAUUACAACUUUAAAAAAAAAAAA